UAGGCAACCACAAAUUGACUUACUUAGAAGUCGUGGCUGGGAAUCUCUCCCUUAACGAACACUGCCGGAAACAAACAAAAAACUAGGAAGUGAAAAACAAUUAUGGCGUUGAUCAAGAUCGAUAUCAUCUCAGAUGCAAUCUGUCCCUGGUGCUACAUUGGAUAUCGAAACCUACAAAAGGCUAUCUCCUUAUACCGAAAGACCUACCCCGGCGGCUCGAAAGACACCAUAGAGGUAUGGUGGAAACCAUACUUCAUCGAUCAAGAACCGCCAAAGGAAAGCAUCUUGAUACAAGACCGUAUGCUCCGCCGCAUGGAUCCCAAAAUGGUAGCAGCGGCCCAGACCCGCUUGAAGCGCGUAGGCGUGGAUGCCGGGAUCCGAUUCAAGUUUGGUGGGUAUAUCGGCUCGUCUAGACUAGCACAUCAGCUGCUGUAUCUGGCCGCGCGGGAGGGAAGUGAGCGGCAGUGUCGGGUUUCGGAGUUGCUCUUUCACUACCAGUUUGAGGAGGAGGCCGAUAUUAGCCAAUUGGAUACUGUGGUUGCUGUUGGGGUACAGGCUGGCAUGCGUGAAGAUGAUAUCCGGGAGUGGCUAGUUAGUGGUGCUGGGGUGGCGGAAAUGGAAGCUGAAGCGAAGACGGCGAGGGCUGAUGGAGUCACUGGUGUGCCUCAUUUUGUCAUUGGAGAGAAGCAUCAUAUGGAGGGUGCUAUGGAUUUGUCGGAACUUUUUGAGGCCUUUGUUGCUGUUAGAGAAGGGCAGUAGAGCCUUAGCUAGUGAGACGAUGUUGCC